UCAGGCUGUAGGGGCGACACAUCCUAACACAAACUCCCACUCCUGAAAGUAUGGGGAAUAGGGGGGUGGCAGCACACUGGAAGACCAAGUCCUGGACUUUCUCCAGCUACCGGCGCUGAUGCCUCCUCCCCGCCCUGGCCCACCCUCUGUGCCAGCUCUGCAGACUGUUUGGAAUAGUUGAAAUGCUUUGACACUGUGGACUGGAUGGCAGAGGAGGCAGCGUCCAUGCAGCAGUAGCUGCUGUGCCACCUCCAGCACACAGUACAGCAAUCCUGCCAUCUUUGUGUGCAUUGCAGUGACUCAUCACAAGUCUGUCUUGUACCAACACUGAGAGCAUUAUUCUGGCAGCGAUCUUCCUCAGCCCAGAACUGGCAUUUACUCCCGCUCUCUAAUGAAAGGAGUCUAUUCACUGCGGGGAGCGGGCUGAAUGGUAAUCUGCAUCCGGCCCAUUCAUUCACAUGCUAUGCACCGCUCUGGACGGCUCUCCUUUUCUUCUGGGCUUUUUUCUUUUUGACUUGCUAAAACCUUGAGAUAGAAAAACAGAGGUUCUCCUGACGCUGAUCUGUAUUCUGUCUCUCUCUCUCCCCCCGCCCGCGGCGCUUUAUUUGACUUAGCCAGGAAAAGGGGCUGAAAGUGGGACGCGGAAGGACCGUCUCUUCCCCUCCGGUGGCGUCUGGAUACUUGGGACCCGUUCGGGAUUUUUUAAGAUGUGACCCCUCCCAGAGACGACUUUAUUGAAUGCCUAAAGAACCUGUAGCAAGCGCCCAGCCAUGUCACAGAUGUUACACAUCGAGAUCCCCAACUUUGGGAACACCGUCCUGGGCUGCCUGAAUGAGCAACGGCUGAUGGGACUUUACUGCGAUGUCUCCAUAGUGGUGAAGGGGCAGUCGUUCAAGGCGCACCGCGCGGUGCUGGCGGCCAGCAGCCUGUACUUUAGAGACUUGUUCAGCGGGAACAGUAAGAGCGCGUUUGAGCUGCCGGCCACGGUCCCCCCGGCGUGCUUCCAGCAAAUCCUUUCAUUUUGCUACACUGGAAAGCUGACCAUGGCGGCCAGCGAGCAGCUGGUGGUGAUGUACACGGCCGGCUUCCUGCAGAUCCAGCACAUUGUGGAGCGAGGGACAGACUUGAUGUUCAAGGUGAGCUCGCCCCACUGUGACUCUCAGACUACUAUGAUCGAAGAGACGGGUUCGGAGCCACAGAGCCCCUGCAACCAGGCGCCGGCCGCCGCGGCGCCCUACGUCAUGUCCCCUUCUAUGCCCAUCCCGCUGUUGACCCGAGUGAAGAACGAAAGUCUGGAAGUUCAGCCCAUCGCUGUGCCCAAUUUGCCAGGCAAGAGGGCGAUGGAGGCGCAGAACAGAGACAAUGCCGGUGGGGCCGCUUCUGUCGCUGCAGCACCAAAACACCCCCGAGUCUCUUACUACGGCAUGUCUAGCCUAGCUGCGCUGUUCCCCAGCGUACAACAAGUGCCGUAUUCCCAAGGGGAGCGCACAAGCCCCGGCGCCAGCAGUAUACCAACCACUGACAGCCCCACGUCCUACCACAAUGAGGAAGACGAGGAGGAUGAUGAGGCCUAUGACACCAUGGUGGAGGACCACUACGGCCAGAUGUACAUCAAAUCCACCGGCGGCUACACAGUGGGGCAGGAGAAAGCAGAUCAGAUGCAGAACUCACUGGAGAGCCGAUCCUGUGUCCUGAUCCGGCGGGACCUGGUGGCUCUCCCCGCCAGCCUCAUCAGUCAGAUUGGGUACCGCUGCCACCCCAAGCUAUACUCGGAGGGAGACCCCGGGGAGAAGCUGGAACUGGUUGCAGGGUCUGGCGUCUACAUCACCCGUGGGCAGCUCAUGAACUGUCACCUCUGCGCAGGAGUGAAACACAAGGUCCUGCUCAGACGACUGCUUGCCACCUUCUUUGAUCGGAAUACCCUCGCUAAUAGCUGCGGGACAGGGAUCCGCUCGUCCACCAGUGACCCCAGCCGGAAGCCCCUGGACAGUCGGGUUCUGAAUGCUGUUAAAUUGUACUGUCAGAAUUUUGCACCAAAUUUUAAGGAGAGCGAGAUGAAUGUCAUAGCCGCAGACAUGUGCACCAACGCCCGCCGAGUGCGCAAGCGCUGGCUCCCUAAAAUAAAAUCCAUGUUGCCCGAGGGUGUGGAGAUGUACCGCUCCGUCAUGGGCGCCACUGCGGCCGGGGUCCCACUAGAAUCCGAUUUCCAGCCGAGCCCGGCCCAGGCGUUUGAGCAGAGAAUCUAUGCAGAGCGCAGAAGUGACCCCGGAGCCAUAGUCUCCCUGAGAACUAACACAGCAAACAUUGACCUUACCAACAGCUCCAACCCUCCAUUCGAACAGAGCCAGGAGGCAGAAGGAGCCACGGGCUCCGUCAUCCAGGAGGUAGGUGGCACUGAUUCAUUGGCAGCGGAUAACCAGGGCACCACUCCACCACCUUUUGAACAAAACACUGGCUCCACGAGCAGGCCAGAGACCCCGGCCAGAAGGCAAGACGCUGCUUACAACGGAACAUUAUAAAGUACAAAGAGCGCGAGAGAUGACCAAGUGUCCGGACGGUGACCGAUAAGGGAUGCGUAAUAUUAGCACUGUUUGCAUGCAUUACUAAUAUGAAACAAAUGUGAUCAGCCACUUACCUUCAGAACUGCUACUUUUGCCUGACUAAAAUGUGAUUUUUAUUUCUGCUUGUAUUAAAAAAACAAAAACAAACAAAAAACCCACAAAAACAAAACCAAACAACAACAAAAAAAAGAAGGAAAAAUAACUGCAUCCGUUCUACCAAAACCAACAACAAAAUGGCCUCCUUUACAACAUAACAGAAAUAACCGCAAUGACAUGAACGCAUCCAUUGGUUUUUCUCUUGAAACCCAUUUGGGAAAUAUGUAUAAUUUACGAGCACGUUUAAAAGAAAAACAAAAACUCUAUAGUCGGCACCGAUCAUUCAUCGUUCAUGGGUAAGACAGACGUCACUGUCACUCAGUCAUCCACAGUAGAGGACCUGAAGACUACGGGAAGCUGCGAGGCGUUCGUUACCAAACCACGGUGGUUUUAUACAGCACUGUGCACUAACGAGGAUAGAAUGGGUACUCCCCACUCAUUAGGUUAUUUCGUAAUUAUUUUUUUCCUUGCAUUUAGACUAUUGUCGCAGUUCAUGGGAAGCAGGGAAGCGAUGGGGCUUCUUUAUCUGUAGGCCAGAGAUGAGAGCGUAAGAAGUAUUGGGUUCAGUAUCAACAGAUUAUAUCGGCAACACAGUGUUUACUCACUUUGGGUGUGACCAAAAAAUUAUGGCCGAGCUGGCACACCUACCAAACUUUGGCCACAAAUGUCGCCCAAGUAUACAUAACCUUAGUUUCAAAAUAACCAGCAUAAAGAUCCAGCGUGUUGUGUGAGGCACCAGUCUGGUUACUCCGCCAUGGGUCUUUUAGAUCCGCCCUGUUGGUGAUGCCCAGCUGGCUUUAUGAAGAAUUAUGUCCACGUGCAAGUGUCAGAUCUUCCACAGCUGUAAAACUAAACGAAAUAUCUGUAACACCUGCAGUAUUACCAGUGUUCUUUAAAACUAUAAUAAUAAUAGUCCAGUCCUGUUGGAAGGUGCGAGUUACUGGUGGAGUCUUCUAACAAUGGCCACUGCGUGGUGAGUAAUAUUUUAUGGAGAAAUAGUUUUAUCAGCUGGCUUCAGUCUGAGACUGUGAGCCGAAUCCCAGACCUUAUCAUGGGUCCAGUACUCCAAGCAUCUGAGAUGUGAGGAGUAUGUGGGUCUAGAUUGGGAAUUGAGGUGGCUCUGAGAUACUUGUAAAUCAGGGCCGAGAAGAUGGCCUUAGUUUUGGACAUGUAAGAUGUUAGCUGUAGGCUUAGAACUGAGAUUCUGUAUUUUUGGCUUGGUGUCUAAAUUAAGGUUGGAGACCUUAAAACCCUUUAUCGAUAUUGUUGCCAAAUGGCUAAUCUUACAAAACAUGCAAUGCUGUGGGGGUGACUGGUAAAGGGUUAAACCAAAAAUAUUGUCUUUCUUUGAGGUUCUAGGCCUCACUACCUAGACUCUGGAUGACCAUCUCUGGCUAGAGGAGCGCUAACAGUUCAUGUUUUCCAGACCACCUAGCUGGUGCACAAGUGUAGUCAUUACGUAGAUGUGCUGCAUUCAUUCCUGACACAUUCUACAGAUCCACAGAUGGCCUGGAAAACAUGACCUGCUAGGGGUCCUUGAGGACCGGUCUGGCCAUCCUGAUUCAGAGGUACAUGUACAGUGGUCACAAAUUCCAACCUCUUUGUGAAUUCAGAAAUCCGGAUUACCUCCUGUAUACAGACAGCGGCAUCUAUGCAACGCGACCGCCCCUGUCAUCACUCUUAGCGCACAUAUGCAGCAGCCCUAGCCUUAGUGACUACAGCGGAUGGAUCCGUGCAUACAGCGGCCGCUGAGUAUUCCACAAUUCUGGCAGCAUGUCCACGGACUAUUUAUACUACAUAUGUCGCCCAGUAACUCCCACUCAGCCUGAAGUGGAGAUAUGCCUGAGAUCCGUAUCACCAUCUCGCCCGCAGUUACACUAAGCAGCGCGAUUCGUGCACAGACGGAAUUGCAUGCAACUCUGAAUCAGGUCAGGGGCUCUAAAGCUUGGCUUGGCUGUAGGUCGUAGGAUUCAGUGUGUGUUCGAGUUUCUAGGUCUCCGUUUAGACUUUGGGAGUUGUUGGGAUAGCGCAGGCACCGAGGCCGCGGAGCUCAGUAAACGCUUAUUUUCAAUGCAAAAUACAGACUUUAAAAAAAAAAAAAGAUGCUCACUUGAAGUGUGAAAUACUGAAUUGGGCGCAACCCACGCGUUUCACCAUUUUAAAAUUUGUUAAAUAAUGGAUUCAUGCUGUUAUCCAUACCAACAGGUACUAGCUUUCAUAGCACUAGACAGAUGAACGCUAACAUCGGAUUAGUUGCUAUGGGUUACGGCACAGCGCCUUUUCAUUUCCACGACUAUUUGUUCGUUUUUACGCCAUGUGUAUACAAAUGUAAAGUCUCAUUUUUAGAGACUGAGACAGACAGACUGUGGGCAAGGGACAGAUGUAAUAUAGAGGAGUUAUUCCUUCUUAUCCCCAGUACAAUAUAUUACAUUUGUCAUGUGAAAUCAGUUCAUUGAUUUUACAUCAGUCUUAAUUUAGCUUUUUAGAGAGAAUACCCCUCAUGUAUUUUUGGAUCUCUCCCAAGCUUUUGCAAGUUAAUGGAGUCUGGGUUUGAUGCAUGCUUUUCCCAGAAUCCUCUGGGGCCCGUCGGAUGAGGUGGCGUCAGGUCAUGUUUACAGGCUCUUCUCUCUGAGACAUGCCUUGCUUUGUUUUCGUUCGGAUUCAGAUUACUGUCAAGCACUUUAUUCUGAGAAAUGGCUUUUAUAGAAAUGAGCUAAAAGGCGCAGAGCGUCUGCAAAGCAGACUAGGUGCUGUGCGUGUAGGCGGGUCUUUGUGUAGAUAGAUGCCGCGGGGAGAUUACUGUAAGAUAGGUGAGGAAGUCCUGGAAUCAGUCUUCAGUUAUGCAUUCCAUCUUAGAAUACAUUGUCAGAAAGUGGCGUAGUCGGCAGGAGGAGCGGGUGUAAUUUUGUGCGUACACGCAGAGAGACAGAGAUCAGAUGAUGUUACAAGACGUUAUGAAGAACCACCCAAAGAUCAUAUUAAAUUGAACAUUCAUUAGGGACCAUAAAGCAAAUGUUUCUCAGUGACCGCGGUCACCUCAGCCACGCUGGCUGUGAGCUAAGCAUCAGGUAGACAUAGGUUGUCCACGCUAUGCCGCAGACAUGUUUUUGGCAUAUGAGCGCUAAGCUAAUAUUUAGGUAUGUGACGCUCGCUGUACGAGCAGAUUCGUUUGGUACCUUAAGUAAUGGAACUGACAUUUUGUCGAGAACUUACUCGCUGUUGGGUAAUUACUAUGAUUUGGGAGCUUCAAAUGGAACAUCUGAUACCUUGAAGUAAAACAUUUGCCCCCCGCAGCUGCCAUUUUGUUGCAUCCAUUUAAUUGAAUCCAUUUAAUUCUUACGUUAUCUCCCUGUGUAAUACUUGGUGUGCAGAGUGAGAAGACAGAUUGCAUACUGUUAGUAAUUGAUCUUUUAUAGUGUUUAUAAAGUUUGGGGUUGCCGUCCCUACACUCUCCGUGUGGUCGGGACUGGACUAACAGAUAAUGCACUCAUUACAUGACAUGGAUGAAUAACAUUAUCACCGAUAUUGAGCUCUCUCAGCACACUGUUUAACGUGGAUUACUGUUUAUUGACUCAGUGGAUCUCUGAUCUACUCAACCCCAGUUAGGAUGUUGCACAAAUUAGAAAGGACCAAAAUCUGCCAUCCAGCGGAGUUGUAGACAAGCUGUCAGAUUGCAAAAAAAAGUCUCUUGAUGAUCGUGGGGUGAAACGCGUUGGUGCUUGCUGGUUGUUGAUCAAGGGGUGAAACGCGUUGGUGGUUUGCUGGUUGUUGAUCAUGAGGUGAAACGCGUUGGUUUUUGCGGGUUGUUGAUCAUGUGGUGAAACGCGUUGUUUGUAUUUUGCUGGUAUCAAAUAUCGGAUCUCAUACUGACACCAUUUGUAAGGUUUGAUUAAUCAGCUACGUUAUUACAGGUACUUCUAUCAGCAUGAGAUUAUUUUAGGCACAAAUUACCAGAUCUUAGUAUAGGUAUAAGCAAAAAAAAACAAGGUACCUUCUUUGCACAGUGUACCUUGGGAGUGGUACCUGCAGUGCAGGUAUUAGUGUAUUUGAAGAUCAAUAAGGUUAAACCAAAGUGGUAUUAAUCUGCAGUAUCUAAAGAAUAAGAAAGCACUUAUUAUAUUAGGAGUGAAACGCGCGUGUGUGUAUUUUAGUUAAUCGUAAUCUGUGAAUUAAUGGGAAUUCCAUGGAAUGGCCUUGAAUGUAAAUAUAUGAGUUUUAUGGAUGUUCUUUAAACCCCCAUUUCAUUAUUAAAAUAAAAUAGGCUGGGCUAAUAUAGAAUAUACUCACUUAUUGCACAGACGCUAUGAAAAUUGAAAAGAGAGAGAGAGCGCCAGCAGAAUUUGAUUUGGGACUGAAUAGAAAGGCACCUUGCACAAUGAGAGAUAAAGUAUAUAUAUUUUUUAUUUAGCUCAUUUCUUCCUGUAUAUAUUUUUGGUUUAGGAAAGCAGGAUAUGUAGGAAAAACAGUGUAAACUAGAAAAAUGUGAAUGGUAUAGGACUUGCGAUCGUACGAUGACGUGCGUAAGUAAAUUGCACUAACGUUUUCUGUGUGUCAAGGAUUAAUGAUGUUUGGUAAAAUGCGUGGGUAAUAUUUCUUAAAAAGAUUUUACAAAACAAAAAGCGGGAAGGGAAUGUAUGGAGGAUCCUCAAUGUACGGGCUCCGAGUGCCUUACAGGUUAUUCUGUUGCUAAUAAUAUGUGAAACAUUAUUGGAUUCCUCUAUGUCUGCGGGUGGAAGUUCAAGUUAUUCUUCCUAAAGGGAUUAAAUAAACAUUACUCCAUCCCUCUUGUUUACAACAGUUUAUUUGCUCAGCCACGUGUGGGCUAUCUAGUGUCCGGGUAGCCUGCCUAAGUCUGCUGUCAUUCAAUGCACGUUUCUUAUGUUAGUAAUAGAACAAUAUAUGCAUGAUAUAAAUCACCUUUUCAAACAUUUGCAUCCAAAAGGGUUUAAUUAUUGGCUUGUGCAUUCCAGCUAAAUACUUCUCUUUAUCGUGAUGGUUGAGUUUUUGUUUUUAUUAAGCAAUAUAUUCAUAUUAUCAGGCCAAUGUUUUAAAUGUCCCUUGGAUAUGACACAGAUCUGCUCUCUACAUCAGCUGCAAAUGUAGCCAUCUCUGCCUGGUGAUGUAAAAAUCUGGCUAUAAAGCACAGAAGUGUGCUAGAAAGAAAACAGCAAUGUACUUAGAGGGCGUGCGCCAGCCAGUGAGGCGCAGUUAUCCUAUACCGCAUACAGUCAUAGGAUGCUCGUCCCCCUCUGAUGCUUUGGGUGGUGGAUGAAUGACACCCUGAGAAUCACUUUCUGCCUCGGCCCCCUCUGUAGUCUGGAUUCUGCACGCAUGUAAUUACACUGUACUUUUUUGUUUUACGGUUAAGCUGCAUUAUUAAAGGGCACAGUGACCUCCGGUCUCACUCCACCGUGUUUCAUUGUCCUGCAAUUACUUUUGUAUCAGAAAAUUUAUGUUAAUGCCGUGAAUGGUUUAGAGAAUUGAUAUAUGAUAAGCCCUGAGGAUCAGGCAGAGGGAUGGGCUUUGCAGCAAGAUCCGCAUUGUUCUUUGCAGCAUGGAAAUGACACCGAGCCAAGAGGCGGAAUGUCAGCUCCCGUGCCCGCUGCACGGGCUGCAAUAUCUCACAAUGAUGCCUCAAAUUAAAUAUGUUGUUUAAAUUGUAUAUCUUUCUUGGGAUACACUUAUAUAGGAAUUAUGUGUGGUUGGUUUUUGUUAUGAGGGGGGGUUUGGUUGUAACCUGCAGGUGGCGCUGUUGAUACUGUUGUCUACGAGGAGCUUUAGUCGGUGACUAAAAGCACUCUACCGAUAGCAGUGUUCUAUAGAGGAAGUACAGAAUAACGCACUGGAUGCUGUAUAAUUAGAAGGAAGCAUGUCUUUUACAUGAUAUUCAUUCUAAAUGUCAGUUAUAUUACAUAUGACACAACUUCUGUCUUGAUAAACCUCCCCCCUCAGUGCGAGAGAUGAGACCGUCGCUGACGGACUCCGGAUCCCUGUACACAGCCAGAGGGAGGCCAUGACAGUUGGAGUUGUAUGACCACAAACCAGAAGUAAAAAGGGAUGAACACCCUGAGGCAUUGGAUCCCGUCCAUUUCCCACGUGGGCCUGGAAAUGUGAAAGGGCCUAGUAUGAGAUGCGGUGGAGGUGUGGCCAGUGCUGAGUGGGUGUGGCCAGUGCAGAGUGGGUGUGUCCACCCCUGCACUAUGAGCCCCACUUAUGAUUUAUGGCUGACUGUCCGGUCAUGAUGAUGGGCCUAUUUUUAUGUGGUAGUCUGGAGUCCGCCUCGUUGUCCUGAAAAAGGGUCUGGAUGAGGGGGUGAACGAGGGCCCAGAGGGAAUUGGGGGGGAGUGGUGGUGACACAGUAUCCUCACCUGCGGCCCCGUAGCAGCUGCUCCACCUGCUCUCCUCAGUUCCGCCACUGUCCCCACACUGAUGCUUUGGCUGUGUCUAGACAUAUUCUCUGCCUGACGCAGUUUACCCUCUAAUUACUACUGACUAAACUUAUUAAUAAAGAUACAGGUUUUUGCAGACGUUGCGGUUGGCGGCCGUGCGUGCGCGUGUUUAUGACUGUGAGAUGGAAAUGAUACAAAAAAAAAAUGUCAACGGAAAAUAAAUAAUUUCAUCGAUAAUCCCUUUUUCCCAGCAACGAAUACUGAAUGAAGUUUCCUAUUCUGUCCUUUUCAGCAACGUCUGGUCAUCAUCAGACAGGGUUGUUUGUUUCCGUUGCCCUUGGAUACAGCUGCAGCUAAAGCAAAGGACACAGUAAAACGGUGUCUUAUCCAAGGGCAAUGGAAAUAGAGAAUUAUGGCUCAUGAUAUAAUGGCACUGCUGAAAAGCACAAAAGCAAACCAGAAAGAGAGAAAUCAGCAUCCAGUACAUUUGGUGAAGGCUGUAAGAGGGCAUGCAGAAGCCAAUAAUUAAAAGUCCGCCGAGCCCCCUUACCCUUGGGCUCCUGCGGGUUCCCCUCCCUCUGCCAUAAUCCACUCAUUGGAGAACUUGUUACUAUGUUAAUCAAUCUCUUCCACACAAAACAUGUUGCACACGAUGGGUGAUUCAGUGUUCGCAAUAACGCCGCGUCCUGCAAUACUAUAUUUAGCAGAUAAAAUGGAGUAAAGACGUAUAAAUAUUUUUGACUUGAACACUUGGAUGGCAUUUGCGUACAAUAAACCAUUAAUCCCCUGGACGGAAUGUUUAGGAAUCCAAGACAGAGAACACGGGGUUUUAUUUUAUUUGAAGCGUCUGUUUAGGUACUUAGUAGUACUGUAUUUCAUGACUGUUAGCGUUCCCAGAGCCGCCGCUGACUUAUUACUGGCCGCAGCGCCUUCUGUUUGUGUCUCAUCACUGGGACGUAUGUGCUGUUACUAGGUGCAGUGGAAGACUGUUAUUUUGUAGCCUCGGCUGGGUCCUAAUAUAUCAAAGGUAAAAAGCGAAAUGAUCCAACGUUUGGAGAGAUGACCCUCACGGGUUCCAUAUCAUGUACGAGGGACUGCGGAGACGUUCCUGCUCCAUCACACGACCAUUACUAUUGUAAGAUGCUUUGUAAGAUCCACAUUUACAGAAUAAUAAAGUCAAUUCAAAAGAAA